UCACUCAACAUACCUACUCUUACUAUAAUUAAUCUCAAUACUCUUAACCUUGACUAUUUCUACACUAAAUAUGCUAAUAGUUAUAAGAUUGCUUUUGAUGAGAAAAACCUAAGCAAUACCCAGCCUAUUUCUGCAAACAUUAGACCAAUAGAUUGUAUUACUAAGGCUCUUCAUAGAAAUUCUAAAACUACUUAUUUUAUCAAAGCUUCUAGUACUUCUAUAAUUUCUUUUUGUCUUUGUGAUAAAUAUCACACUAAUUUUAUUACAAUUAGCAAAACUGUUCUCAAUCUUAUGCCAACAAACUUUAUAACAUUUGCUGCAA